AUGAUAACCCAAAGGGGAGUGGAAGCCAACCCCGAAAAGUGCCAAGCGAUACUCCAGAUGAGGAGCCCGGGUUUCAUCAAAGACGUUCAGCAGCUGGCGGGAAGGCUCACCGCAUUGUCCCGAUUCCUCGGCGCAUCGGCAGCAAAGGCCCUACCCUUCUUCAACUUGAUAAAGAAGGGAAUAGCGUUUGAAUGGACUCCGGCAUGCGAGGAGGCAUUCAACCACUUCAAAGAAAUCCUAGCAGCACCACCUGUGCUCAGGAAACCCAGAGCCGGGGAACCACUCUACCUAUACCUAGCCAUAACAGAAGGAGCGCUUGCAGGGGUGCUGGUGCAAGAAGAAGGGAAGGCCCAGCAACCGAUUUACUUCGUGAGUAGAGCGCUGCAAGGGGCAGAACUUAGGUACAGGAAGCUAGAGAAACUGGCACUAGCGCUCUUGAUCUCUUCCCGCAGACUACGACAAUACUUCCAGGGUCACCAGGUGGUCGUGAGAACGGACCAGGGGAUCUGCCAGGUGCUCCCAAAACCUAAUUUGGCGGGGAGGAUGAUGACCUGGGCCAUCGAGCUGUCCCAAUACGAUCUGAGCUACGAACCCCGACACGCGAUUAAGGCACAAGCAAUGGCGAACUUCCUAGUGGAAGUGAUCGGAAAUCCAACCGAGGACACGGGCACACGGUGGAAACUCCAUGUGGACGGAGCUUCCAACCAGACGUCUGGAGGUCCUGGGAUCAUCCUAGAAAGCCCGGACGGAGUCAUUUACGAACAAUCGGUUAAGUUCGAGUUUCCCAUAUCAAACAACCAAGCAGAAUACGAAGCCCUUCUAGGGGGAUUGGUUCUAGCUCAGGAAUUCGGGGCCACAAGGUUAGAAGUAUGCAGCGACUCGCAGGUCGUCACCGUGCAAGUAAAUGGAAGCUACCAAGCCAGAGACUCGCUGCUGCAAAAAUACUUGAAAAGGGUCAAAGAGCUGAGCAAACAAUUUGAGGAGGUUACGGUCCAACACGUCCCAAGGGAAAGGAACACACGAGCAGACCUCCUAUCUAAGUUGGUAAGCACAAAACCUAGAACCGGCAACCACUCCCUCAUUCAAGGCAUCACGAAAGAGCCCGCAGUUGCUCUACACCUGACCAAGAUGAGCCCCUCUUGGAUGGACCCCAUCACCGAUUUCUUGAAAAACGGCAAACUCCCUGGGGAUGGGAAGGAAGCCAAAGCGUUGAGAAGGGAGGCUGCCAAGUAUACGGUCAUACAGGACCAGCUAUUCAAAAAGGGACUCAGCCAACCUUUGCUGAAGUGCCUACACCCCGACCAGACAGACUACGUGCUCAGAGAAGUCCACGAGGGAUGCUGCGGCCACCAUAUCGGGGGUAAAGCCCUGGCCGUCAAUGAUGAAUGA